GAACGUGAAUUAUUCAAAGAUUUCAGCAGUUGUUGGCCAUUCUUCUUCUUUUUUAAUAAACCACCAUUUUCGUAGCUCUUGUUGUUUGUAAGCCGUUAAAAAAAACAAAAAAUGACAAAUUUGCGGGAUGCUAGACAGUUUAGCAUGUAGCCGCUAAACAGUAACAUUUGUGUCAGUGGUCGUUUCAUUGCUUUGCUAACGUCAGAGGGAGGCGGUUGAUUUAACGAUGCUGCGCAGGAAACCAACGCGGAUCGAGCUGAAGCUGGAUGACACGGAGGAGUUUGAAAGCGUUAAGAAAGAACUGGAGAGUCGAAAGAAACAGAGGGAUGAGGUGGAUGUAGUCGGUGUAGCAACAUCAAGCGAGAUGACUGGAGCACCAGGAGGAGCCUCGGAUGGGAAAACCAGAGAGCAGAUGAUCCAUGAACGCAUUGGAUACAAACCUCAUCCGAAGCCCAACACGUUACCGUCACUUUUUGGGAAUCUUCAGUUUUGACAAUCUGAAAAUCUAAAAAUGGACACUUGGAAAACAUUGUGCCCCCCAUUAUCAAAAAAGGAACGAAAUCACAGGAAUCUGUAUGUAGGUUUGUGACAACCACUUUCCAUAAAGGACUAUUUUUCUACCUAGUUAAUAAAGUUACACUAAAGUAAAA